CCAAAGCCCAAAGCUUCUUUCUUCCGCCGCAAGAAGCCCAGCCACCGCCACCUGUUCGCCCCCAUCGAUAUAUAACCGCCCCAUCUCGAUUCGAUUUGCCUCACGCACGCACAAACACCAACCGAACUCCACUGUCUCCGUCGCGGCUGAUCCACCUCGCACGCGCACGACGAGCCAUGGCUCCCAGGAAGUUCUUCGUCGGCGGCAACUGGAAAUGCAACGGCACCGGCGAGGACGUGAAGAAGAUCGUCACCGUGCUCAGCGAGGCCGAGGUGCCCUCGGAGGACGUCGUCGAGGUGGUGGUGAGCCCGCCGUUCGUCUUCCUGCCACAGGUCAAGGGGCUGCUGCGCCUGGACUUCGCCGUCGCCGCGCAGAACUGCUGGGUGCGCAAGGGCGGUGCCUUCACUGGGGAGAUCAGUGCGGAGAUGCUGGUGAACCUGCAGGUGCCAUGGGUCAUUUUGGGGCACUCUGAGCGCAGAGCUCUGUUGGGUGAAUCCAGUGAUUUCGUUGCCGAUAAAGUUGCAUACGCACUCUCCCAAGGUCUCAAGGUAAUUGCUUGCAUUGGCGAAACCCUGGAGCAGAGAGAAGCAGGAACGACCAUGGAUGUUGUUGCUGCGCAAACAAAGGCUAUUGCUGAGAAGAUAUCAGAUUGGACUAACGUUGUAUUGGCAUAUGAGCCAGUUUGGGCUAUUGGAACUGGCAAGGUUGCAACCCCUGCUCAGGCUCAGGAGGUUCAUGAUGGUCUGAGAAAGUGGCUCCACUCUAACGUUAGCCCUGCAGUUGCUGAAUCAACCAGGAUCAUUUAUGGAGGGUCUGUGAAUGGAGCUAACUGCAAGGAGCUUGCGGGUCAACCAGAUGUUGAUGGAUUCCUUGUUGGUGGAGCAUCACUGAAGCCCGAGUUCGUGGACAUCAUCAAGUCUGCGACUGUCAAGUCUUCAUCUGUAGCCUUCGUUAGCACCGGAAGGAAGGAGGACUCAGCGGCCGCCGCCCCCCGACUCCCCAAUCUCGAGAGGAAGGAGAGACCCCGGGCUUGGGCUCGUGCCGAGCGGAGGAGGCGAAGGACGAUGGGGAAGGGCGUCCUGGAGGUGCACCUCGUCGACGCCAAGGGCCUUUACGGCAACGAUUUCUUAGGGAAGCUGGACCCCUUCGUGAUCGUGCAGUACCGGAGCCAGGAGCGCAAGAGCAGCGUCGCCCGAGACCAGGGGAGGAACCCGCGCUGGAACGAGGUGUUCAAGUUCCAGAUCAACUCGGCCGCGUCCAACGCGCAGCACAAGCUCAUCCUCCGGAUCCUGGACCACGACCAUUUUUCCAGCGACGACUCGCUCGGGGAAGCGACGAUCGACGUGACGGGCAUCAUCAGCCUGGGCGCGGAGCGCGGCACGUACACCCAGAGCGCGGCGAAGCACAGCGUCGUCCUCGCCGACAACACGUUCCACGGCGAGAUCAAGGUCGGCUUCACCUUCACCGCCACCCAGGUUCAGGAAGAUGGAGAGGAAAUCGGAGGCUGGAGGUACAGCAGCUUUAAUCAGUAGGCGUGGUGACCUCUGAAGUUCUUUAGUUGGUUGGUUUGUAGUGAUUCGGGUUGGGUGUAGCUUUUGUUUAUACUUAGCCCCUACUCCUGGGUCCCCACUUCCUGAGUAGGGGGCUCUAAUUUUGUGUUCAACUUCAGCAGUAGCCCCACUUUCAUGUGCACUGUAUCGUAUCAUUGGACGUCUAUUCAAGUAAGCUUAUAGCCGACAAAUUUAGCCA